CGAGUCAGUACGGAGCAGAGGGGUCCAUGGUCGAUAGCAGGGAUGAGCAUCGGAUGCUGCAGGGUCCGAGACGUCUCUAAGGAGAGUAUUAAUCCCAGCUACCAGUAUUCUCGUCUCCUGUCCACAUGUAGUCCCCCCUGAGAGGAGAUCGUUCUCCUAAAUCCAGAAUCCGGAACCGACCCACCAACCUACGUCAGCACAUCGUCCACCUACGCCAACCAAUGCCUCUGUGCCACGUGGCUCGUGUCCGUCAGCCAUUCCGUCAGGUAGACAGGCUGCCGGUCAAGCGCCUUGGUCGCCGUCGAUCCAGGGCGGCGGAUGUGACGUUCACGGUCCAGAUGCUGGGAUAACCGCCGUCGAGAUUUCAUGUACAAAAGGCAGUGGCGGCGGUGCGCGCGGGGCUUGAGCGCGGAACGGCAGCCAAUGCUGCCGCUUCCGCCGCAGCCUCUAGUAUGACCAUUUUACCCGCCGCCUCAUUUUCGUGUGAUACUGGGAAGCGCAUGCAUCUGCUUAUAGUUGGGACGCCGCGGAAGGAAGUACAUGUAGUUCAUCCAAGCGACGUUUGAGUCGUCUCAAAGACGUCUCAACACACCCUUCUCCCCACAGUGUCUCGGGAAAAGCCGCGACUCCUAGUCCUCAAAAGCUUGUUGGUUGUUGCUAGCCUUGCUGUCCGGCGGAACCGCUACCCUCCCUUUGCACGCGAACUGCUGGCUUCUGCUAUCGCUUUAGACUGCCGACCGCUGCGCCACUAGAGUGCCUCAAGGCAACCUCGACUGCCUACCCUGCCGUCUGCCUUCCCCUCGCUUCGCCUCACCUCCCGACCGUCAACUCUGCGAAAGGUGGUAGCGGGGGCGAAAAGGGUUACUGCCUUGCUAACCUUGACAGCCCGAUGGAGAUCGCUUUUGGGGAUCGCUCGGUAGUUGAAUCAGCGUCUCGAGAUCCCUCGGUUGUAGCAGCGCGUGGGACUAGAAAGACCUCGGUUGUAGCAGCACCUGCAAAAGGAUUCGAGAUGGCACCAGAGAGCUCCCACGUGGUCGUCAAUAUGGACGGCCUGACAGCCCCAGCUGUAGCACCGCCUAAAGAGGGCGUGGGUGAAGCUGUGCCUGAGCAGGAUGGUGCGGAGAAAGUCACCCAGGGGCGGGGCAUCUGGACGGGAGACGAUGCAGCUGAUCGAGUUGCUGAGAAGAAGUCAGCAAGUACAGAUUUGGGGAGACCGAGGGGCGAAGACAGAAGGGAUUUUGAGAGGCGGAUCUUGGAGUUAGAAGGGGAGAGGAGGAGGCUGGAGGGAGAGAGGGAGGAGAUGGAGAGGAGUGUGGGGGAGGAGGUGAGGAGGAGGAGGGAGGUGGAGGAGGAGGCGGAGGACCUUAGGUCCGGCAUGCGCCUUGCCGAGGCUAAGCUCUGGCAAUGGAUGGAGGCUCGGAAGGUGGAGUGUGGUGGAGGAGGAGGGAGAGGUGGCGGCGAUACAGGUGUUGUUGUUCCUCCCGCUGCUCCCGCGGUUGGUGUUGGUUUUGGUGCUGGCGCUGCUACUGCUGCCAGCGUGAAUCUACCUUCUGCUCACUUGGCCACGGCCGACGUGGCGACUGCCGACGUGGCCACAGCUGACGUGGCGACUGCUGACGUGUUGGGCUACAUGGAGGACCUUCUCCUCCACCAGUCCUGCAUGCUGGCUCGGGAGCGAGCCCGGCGAGCGGAAGCUUCCAGGAAGCGAGAAGAAGCAGAGGGGCGGCGGGGAGAAGCGGAGCGAGCACUGAGAGAGUUAAAGCGGCAGGUGGGAGUUGAAGAGUUAGCUUUGCAGGUUAAGGCAGAGAGUCAGUGGGAGGAUCAUCUUUUGAGGGAGAUUUUCUCGGUUGAGCGAGAUGUCGAGGCGUUGAGGAGCGAGGUGAGGGAGAAGGAUGGGGAGGUGGAAAGGUUGAGGGGCGAAGUUUCGAGGAAAGUGGAGAUUUUGAGGCGGUUGCACGGGAGAGCGGUGAAGAUGAGAUCUGAGGCGGAGAGGACGAUCCGACGGCUGAGGUUGGAGCUUGAGACGGCGCGGGGGUUGCUGGAGAGGAGUGAGGAGAAGGCGAGGGAGAAGGGGAGGGAGGUGAGAGAUGAGAUUAGUAUUUUGGUGAGAGAACUAGAGGGGCUGAGGAGUGGGAAUGAGAUGGUAGUAGAUGCCUUGGGGGAGGCGAGGAAGGAGGUGGUGGAGGAGAGGAGGGAGAUUGAGAGGGAGAGGCGGGAGGGGGAGAAGGUUGCAAGAGAGGUGGGGAAGCGAGAGAAAGGGAAGGGGAAGAAAGGUAAGGGGGAGACGCUUGAGAGGAGAGAGGAGGGGUCGGCUGAUAGAGAUGAGGAGGCGCAAGGGGGAGGGGAGGUUCGGGUAACGGGGGGGGAGAUUGGGUUAACCGUGGGCCGGGGGGAAGAGGGAGGUGGGGAGGGAGAAGAGGUAGAGGAGCGAGAGGGGGAUGAGACGGAAGACGGGAGUGAAGGCCGGAAGGAAGAGGAGGAGGAUGGCAAAGCUGUGAACACUGCUGGUGCAAGCAAUCUGCUGCUAGUGCGGGAGGACGUGCGGCGUAGAGAGGAGGAGCUGCAGCGAGAGGUGGCGCAGGUGAGGGCGUGGCUGGAGUCCGAGAGGCAGCAGCGCGUGGGACUGGAGCAGCAGCUGGCCGCGCUGGAAGGGCAACUGGAGAGGCUCAAAGAGGGGCGGAGGGAAGCGGUGGAGUCGAGUCAAAAGGAGAGGCAGCAGCGAGAGGGCGUUGAGAAGGCCGGGCGGGAGUUGAGGGAGAGAGUCGAGGAGGAGGUUGCAAGGAGGAGGGAGGUCGAGAAGGAAGUGAGGAGGCUGAAGGAGAGGCUUGAGGGGGAGGAGGAGGGGAGGAGGAGGGCGGAGGAGGAGAGAGAGGGAGCGAGGGAGAGAGUGGGUGUGCUGGAAGCAGAGCUGGUGGGAGUGAGGGAGAGUCUUGGGAGGGUUGAGGAGGAGAGGAGGGAGGCGGAGGAGGGGAGGGUGAGAGAGGGGGAGAGUUGGAAGAGAGUGAAGGAGGAGAUAGAUGGGGAGGUAGAGGAGGAGAGGAGGCGGAGAGGGGAUGCCGAGGGAGAGGUGGUGAGGCUGAAGGAGCGAGAGGGGGCUCUGUUGACCGCGUUGACCGAGGAGACUGGGAAGGUGGGGGCGCUAGAAGUCGCUUUGGCGGAGCGAGAGGCGAGAAUAUCCUCGAUAGAAGCCGAGAUUCGUUUGAAGGAGGAGCGUGCUUGUGGCCUAGAAGCGAGGAUUGGAGAGCUGGAGGGGAGGAUUGAUGACGCUAAGAAUGAGUUUGAGAGGGAACGGAGGAGGAUGGAAGCCGAGAGGAGGGAGGAGCAGGAGGAAAAUGAGAGGGAGAGGGAGGAGGAGAGGAGGGUGAGGGAGGAGGAGGAGAGGAAGCGAGGUGCAGAGGCGGCAGAACGAGAGGCAGAACGAGAGGCAGAUAUGAAAGCGAAAGAGGAGGCGAUCCAGAGGCUGGAAGCGUUGGUGAGUGAGCUACGAGACAAGGUGUGUGCGCUGGAGAAGGAGCGGGGAGAGAGAGAGGAAACGGUGAAGGGACUCGAGGAGGAGGUGAGAGAGCUGGGGGACAUGGUGGCGGUGCUGCAGGCAGGCCUGGCCGCGAAACGAGCAGAGCUCGCAGCCACGGCUGCCCAGGGGGAGAGGGUGAGUGAGCUUGAAGAGCAAGUGAGGGAGGGGGAGGAACGAGUGAGGGAGGGGGAGAGAGAGGUGAAGAGGCUUGAGGGGCGGUUGAGAGAGGUGGAAGGGGAGAUGGAGGAGCUGUCGGUGCAGGUGAGUGCGCUGAGAGGGGAGGUGGAGGCGAAGGAGGGGGAGAGAGAGGUGAUUGAGAGGAGGGGGGCGAAGAGAGAGCGGAGGGUGAGGGAGUUGGAGGAGGAGGUUGGGAGGAGGGAGAAGAGGAUUGGGGAGCUUGAGGGGGUGGUGAGGGAGAGGGAGAGGGAUGUGGAGAGGAGGGAGAGGGAGGAGGAGGAGUUGGAGUGUGGGGUGGCGAAGGAGAGGGAGGAGCGUGAGGAAGUGGUUCGGAAGUUGGGGGUGGAGCGGCGUGCGCUGGAGGAGGAAUGGAGGAGAGAGAGGGAGGAAUUGGAGAGGGUAAAGGGGAGAUUGGAGGAGGAAAAUGAGGGCCUGGAGAGGGCAAGAGAGAAGCUGGUGCGGGAAUGCGAGGAGCAAGGCGUUCGAGUUAGCGAGAUGGAAGCAGAAAGAAGCGCAUUGGAGGAGAAGUGGGCGAGGGAGAAGGAGGGUAUACUGAAGAAAAAGGGAGAAGUGGAAAGGGAGAAGGAGGAUUUGGAGAAGGAGAAAGAGCGACUGGAGAGGCGGAUCGAGGGUUUGGAGAGGGAAAAGGAGAAGCUAGUGGAGGAGAGGAGCGCUCUGGUUAGCAAGGUGGAGGCAGAGAGAGUUGCGCUGGAGGAGAAAUGGGAGAGGGAGAAGGAGGAAUGGGAGAGGGAGAAGGAGGAUAGAGACGUUAUGGUUGGCGAGAUGGAGGCAGAGAGGUGUGCGUUGGAGGAGGAAUGGGCGCGGGAGAAGGAGGAGAUGAGCGAGAAGGAGGAGUUGGAGAGGGAAAUAGGGGAGAGGGACGCUCUGGUUCGGAAGACGGAAGCAGAAAGUGGGUUGUGUGGGGAGAAAUGGUUAAGGGAGAGGGAGGGGUUGGAGAGGGAAAUGGAGGAAAGAAACGCUCUGGUAGGCAAGGUGGAGGCAGAAAGAGGUGCGUUGCAGGAGAAAUGGAUAAGCGAGAAGGAGGGAUUGGAGAGGGAAGUGGAGGAGAGGAGCUUACUGAUCAGGACGAUUGAAGCAGAAAGAGAUGCGUGUGGGGAGAUAUGGGUAAGGGAGAGGGAGGCAUUGGAGAGGGAAUUAGAGGGUAGGACCGCACUGGCUAGGAAGAUGGAAGCAGAAAGCGGUGCUUUGGGGGAGAAAUGGGCGAGAGAGAAGGAGGGGUUGGAGGGCGAGAUUAGACGAAUGGAGGGCGAGAGGGAGGGAUGGGGGAAGGAGAAGACGGAGAAUGAGGGGAGGUUAGAAGCAAGCCUGACAGAGCUGAGGGAGGAGAAGGAGAAGAGACAGGCGGCCGAGGAACAGGUCCGGUCACUGGAAGACACGGUAGGCAAGGUGGAAGACGAGGGGAGAGAGGCGGUACGCAAGCUGGAGGAACGGGUUGGCUCACUGCAAGAAACGAUCGGCAAGGUGGAAGAGGAGAGGAAGGAGAUCUUCUGCAAGCUGGAGGAACGGGCCUGGUUACUGCAAGGCGAGAUAGUCAAGGUGGAAGGGGAGAGGAAAGAGGCGGUGUGCAAUCUAGAGGAAAGGGUCCGAUCGCUGCAAGGCGAGAUAGGCAAGGUGGAAGGGGAGAGGAAGGAAGCGUUAAGCAAGGUGGAGGAGGCAAUGCGCGAGCUGGGUGAGGCGCGGAGCACGGUGGAGAGGGAAAUGAGGGAGAAAGAGGCGAAGGGGAAGGAAAUAGAGGAGACGGAGAGCGUUUUGCAGGCGAGAGUGAGGGAGUUGGAGGAGGAGCGGGGGAGUGUGAGGGUGCUGAGAGAGGAAGUGGAGGAGAGGGAGGUGGAGGUGAGAGGGUUGAAGGAGCGGUUGGGGGAGAGGGAGAGAGAGAUGGAGGGAGUGAGACAGGAGCUAGAGGAGAAGAGGGGCUGGAUUGAGAGGGUUGAGGGGGAGAGGGAGAGGGAGGUGGAGGGAUUGAGAAGGGAUUUAGAGGAGGCGAGGAUGCUGGCUGAGAGGGUUGAGGGGGAGAGGGAGAGGGAGAGAGCGAGUGCGGAUGUGGUGAUUGGGGAGUUGAAGGGGCGAGUGGAGGAGGGAAGGGAGGAGGUGGAGCGAGGGAGGGUGGAGGUUGAGAGGGUUAGCAGGGAGUGCGAGGAGAUGAGGGAGAGAGUGGGGUUGUUGGAGCGGGAGAGGGAGAUAGGCCAGGAGGUGAUGGUGGGGUGGAAGAAGGAGGUGGAGGAGAAGGAUGGGGUGGUGGUGGCGCUGAGGGGCGAGCUGGAGGUGAAGGAAGGGGAGGUGGCGAGUUUGACAAGGGAGUUGAGGGAGAAGGGCGGGGAUGUGGCGGCGUGGAAGGGAAAGCUGGAGGAGAUAGAAGGGGUGGUGGUGGCGCUGAGGGGCGAAUUGGAGGAAAAGGAAGGGACAGUUGCAGGGCUGAUGGCUGAUUUGAAGGAAAGGGAAGAGGCGAUGGUGGGGUGGAAGAAGGAGCUGGAGGAGAUAGAAGGGGUGGCGGUGGCGCUGAGGGGCGAAUUGGAGGAAAAGGAAGGGCAGGUGGCGACUUUGACCAGGGAUUUGAGGGAGAAGGGCGAGGAUGUGGCGGCGUGGAAGGGAAAGCUGGAGGAGACAGAAGGGGUGGUGGUGGCGCUGAGGGGCGAAUUGGAGGAGAAGGAAGGGCAGGUGGCGACUUUGACCAGGGAUUUGAGGGAGAAGGGCGAGGAUGUGGAGGCGUGGAAGGGAGAGCUGGAGGAGACAGAAGGGGUGGCGGUGGGGUUGAGAGGCGAGCUCAAGGCGAAGGAAGGCGUAGUUGUAGGCUUGGUGGCGGAUUUGAAGGCGAGGGACGAGGCUCUGGAGGCGUUGAAGAGGAGUUUGGAGGAGACGGAAGGGGUGGUGGCGGGGCUGAGGGGCGAAUUGACGUGCAAUGAAGGGGAGGUGGCGAGUAUGACACGAGAAAUAAAGGAGAAGGACAAAGAUGCAGAGGCAUUGAGGGGAAAGGUGGAGGAGACGGAAGGGGUGGUGGUGCGGCUGAGGGGCGAACUGAAGGAGAGGGAUGGCGAGGUGGCGAGGUUGACACAAGUUGCCAAGGAGAGGGACGAAUUUGCGGAGGAAGUGGAGGGGAAGUUGGGGGAGGCGGAAGGGGUGGUGGUGGCGCUGAGGGGCGAACUGAAGGAGAAGGAAGGUGAGGUGGCGAGGUUGACAAGAGAAUUGAAGGACAGGGAUGAGAGUAUUGAAGGAUUGAAGGGGCAAUUAGAAGGGACGGAAGGGACGGUAGUGGGAUUGAGGGGCGAACUAGAAGAGCUGAAAAGGACUGCUUUGGAAUUGAAGGGGACAUUGGGGGAGAAGGAAGAGGCAGUAGAGGGGCUGCGAGGGAAGCUGCAGGAGUCGAAAGCGGUGGCGGAUGGGUUGAAAGGAGAAUUGGAGGAGUUGAAUAAGGCCGCAGAGGGGUUGAAGGGAGCGUUAAGGGAGAAGGAAGAGGUUGUAGAGGGGCUGCGAGCGGCACUGGAGGAAAGGGCACUAGAAUCAGAACAAAGGGAAGGGGUGAUGAGGGCGCUAAGGGGCCAGGUGGCAGUGCUGCAGGCAAGCGUGGGAGAGAAGGAAGGGUAUGCUCGGGAAAAAGAGGCGAUGGUUCUGGUGAGGGAUGCGAAGAUACUGGUGCUGGAGUCUGCAGUUGAGGGUAAGGGAAGGCAGGUGUGCGCUUUACAGGUAGAGUUGGACGAGAGGGUGGGCCAAGUGAGAGAGCUAGAGGCAAGUGUGCAGGAGAAGGGGGAAGAGAUAUCCUCGUUACAAGCAGGGUUGGGAGAGAAAGAGCGGCAGGUGAAAGUGCUGCAGGGGCAAGUGGAGGAGACGGUGAAUGAAGCUGCUGCGUUACAAGCAGGAGUUCAAGAGAGGGGUAGGCAAAUAUCCGCGUUACAAGCAGGGAUGGAGGAGAAGGAGAAGCAGGUGGUGGGGCUGCAGGGUCAAGUGCAAGAUAAGGAGCAGCGGAUACUGGAGCUGCAGGCAGAGAGGGAGGUGUGGGAGGCGAGGGAGAGGAUGGCUUUUGAGUCCACUCAAAAGGAGGUGUUGGCGCUGCAAGGUCAAGUGCAGGAUAAGGAGCGGCGGAUACUGGAGCUGCAGACAGAGAGGGGAGAAUGGGAGGAGAGGUUGCAGAGGGAAAGGAGGGAGAAAGCGGCACUUGAUAGCGAAGUGGUGGUGCUGCAGGCUCAAGUGCAAGAUAGGGAGCGGCAGAUACUGGAGCUGCAGGCAGAGAGGGAGGAGUGGGAGGCGAGGGAGAGGAUGGCAGGGAGUGCGAAAGAGGCAGUUGAAAGGGAGCACAGGGAGCAUGCUGCAAGGCUGCUGAGGGAAAAGGAGGCGCUGGAGGUAGCGGUGGAAGGGAAGGAAGAUCUCGAAAGGCAGCACCGGGAAGUUGUUGCCAGGCUGCUGAGGGAAGAGGAGGCGCUGGUGAAAGCCGUGGAAGAGAAAGACGAGGUUGAAAGGGCGCACCAGGAGCAUAUUGCAAGGCUGCAGAGCGAAAAGGAAGCGCUGGUGAGAGCGGUGAGGGAGCUGGAGGUGCGAGUGAAAGAGCGGGGCGAGAAGAAGGUGGAGGCUGUGAAUGAGGAGGUGAGAGUUUUGGGGGCGGCGGUGAAAGAGAGGGACGAGAAGGUGGAGGCGCUGGAAGGGGACUUGAGAGUUUCAAAGGAGAAGGUGAAAGCUGUGGAUGAGGUGGUGAGAGAAAAGGAGGAGGAGGUGAAACAAAAGGUCGAGGAGCUGAGAGCCAAGGAGGAGGAGGUGAGGGGAUGGAAGGAGAGAGAGGGGGUGGUGCGGUGUGAGGUGGAGGGCAAGGUGAGGGAGGUGGAGGGGCUGGUUUCUGAGGUGGAACGGCUGGUUGCUGAGGUGGAAAGACUCUUUGCUGAGCUGGAAAGGGAGCGCGAGCAGAAGCGUAGCAUGAUUGCUGAGCUGUCAAGUGUGAUUAAAGUGAAGGAGGCUUUAGAGGGGGAGGUGGUUGGUUUGAAAAAGAGAGUGAGGGAGGUGGAAGGUGAGAGGGAGAGGUUAAGUGAGGAGUGUGAGAAAUCAGGUGUGGAAAUCUUGAGAUUAAGUGGGGAGGUUUCUAAUCUAAGGACAGAGAACGAAGGGCUUGUGAGACGGUGUGCGGAAUCUAAGGAAGAAGGGAGGAAGCUAAGCGAGCGAGUGCAGGUGCUUACUGCUGAAGGGGAGGUGUUAUCUGCGAGGGUUGGGGAUGCGGAGAGCGAAGUGGAGGAGGAGAGGGGGAGGAGGGAGGAGGUGGAGAGAGAGAGGGAGAGUGUGAGGGGGGAGCUGGAGGAGGGGCUGAGGGGAGUGAGGGAGAUGAGGGAGAGAGUGGGGGAGAUGGAAGAGGAGGUGAGUGCGCUGCACAUGCAGGUCGAGAAGGCGGAGGAGAGGAGAGAGGAGGCGGAGAGGAGGGGAGAGGAGACAGAGAGGAGGAGGGAGGAGGCUGUGAGGAGGGGAGAGGAGGCAGAAAGGAGCAAGGAGGAGGCGGAGAGGAGCAAGGAGGAGGCGGAGAGGAGCAAGGAGGAGGCGGAGAGGGAGAGGGACAAUGCGGAGAGGGAUAUGGCGAUCCUUCUGAGGCGCCUGAGAGAGGAGGAGAGGAGUGUGCGGGAGGCGGAGGAGGAGGCGGAGAGAGUGAGAAAGAGGCUGGAGGAGGUGGAGCGGGAGUGGGAGGAGAGUGAGGGGGCGAGGAUGAGGCUGAGCGGGGAGGCUAGUAGUCUGGAAGAGAGAGUGAGGGAGAGAGAGGAGGAGGUGGAAGGGGUGAGGAGGGAGAGGGAUGAGUGGAGGAGGGCGGUUGCGGCAGUGAAACAGAGUCUGCUGAGGGAAGGAGCAGCGCUGGGCGUGAGCAUGCAAGGGGCGCGCAUGCAAGAGGUAGAGGGAGCGGAGGAGGAGGCAGAAAGAGAGAGAGAGGGGGUGCGGGUUGCGGUAGUGACGGACAAGGUGGAGGAGAUUAUGGCACUUGCCUGGGUAAAUGCUGACGCGGCGAGGGCUGAUGCUGACUCUGCACGCGCUGACGCUGAUGCGGCACGGGCUGAUGCUGAUGUGGCGAACAGAAGGUUGCAGGAGGCUGUGGCAGAAGCUGAAGUUCUGAGGGCUGAUGCUGACGCUGCAAAGGCUAAUGCUGACGUGGCAAAGGGGAUGCUGCAGGAGGCUGUAGCAGAAGCGGAAGCUUCGAGGGCUGAUGCUGACGCUGCAAAGGCUAAUGCUGACGUGGCGAAUAGAAUGAUGCAGGAGGCUGUAGCAGAAGCUGAAGCUUCGAGGGCUGAUGCUGAUGUGGCAAACAGAAGGCUGCAGGAGGCUGUAGCAGAAGCUGAAGCUUCCAGGAAGGCGGUUGCAGCUCUGGAGGAGGAGGUGGAGAGAGUGAGGGAGCGAGUGAGGGAGAUGGAGGAGGAGGUUGAGGGAGUGAGGGUGAGGCUUGGGGAGGCUGAGAAGGAGGUGAGGGAGAAGGGGAGGGAGGUAGAGAGGCAGAGGGAGGAGCUGGGAGUGAGGGAGAGGGAGGUAGAGGUGAGGGGCAAGGAGGUAGAGGAAUUGUUGAAGCUUGUAGGGGAACUGAAGGUGCUUGUAGAGGGGAAAGAGGAGGCGGAGAGGGAGGCGAGGGAGAAGGAGAGGGAGGUGGAGAGGCAGAGGGAGGAGGUGGAAACGAGAGGCAGGGAGGUGGGGGAGUUAAUGGAGCUUGUCGAGCAACUGAAGACGCUUGUAGAGGGGAAGGAGGAGGAGGGGAGGAUGACACGGAUGGUGCUGGAACGAGCAGUGGAAAACUUGAGAGGAGAGGUUGAACGGGCCACGAGAGAGGGGUUGGAAGCGGUGGAGAGGGUUAGGAGCGAGGGUAACGAGGAAGUCGAGAGGGUCAGGGAAGAGAAUCGGGAGGAGAUUGAGAAAACGAAGCAGCAGGCUUGGCAGCAGGUGUCGGAGGCUUGGGGAAGGGAUCGGGAGGAGGUGGAAGUGGUCCGGCAGCAACUGGAGCAGGUUCGGGAACAGCUGCGGAGGGAGGUGGUAGCUAGACAGGUGGAGACUGAGCAGAGGGUUGUAGCAGAGGGAAGGCUGGGGGAGAUGGUGGAGAGAGUGAGAGAGAUGGAGAGAGAGAGGAGGGAGGUGGAGGGGGAGGUUGAGAGAGAGAGGAGGGGGUGGGAGGAGAAGGAGAGGGGGAUGAGGAGGGAGUGGGAGGAGAGGAGGAGUGGGAUGGAAAUGCUGGUGAGACAGAUAGAGGAGAUGUGGAGAGGGAGGGUGGAGGAGGGGGAGAGGGAGAGAGAGAGGGAGAGGGAGAGAGAGAGGGAGAGGGAGAGAGAGAGGGAGAGAGAGAGGGAGAGGAGGGAGGCGGAAUGGGCUGAGGAGAAGGGAAGGAUGGUUGGGGAAGUGGAGAAGGAAAGGGAGAGAGUGAGGGAAGAGGUGGAGAAGGAGCGUGAGAGAGUGAGGAACGAAGUGGAAAGGGAGAAAGAGAGGGUGAUUGCGGAAUUGGAGAGGGAAAGGGAGAGAGUGAGGGUGGAGGCAGAAGAGGAGAAAGAGGUGCUGAUGAGAGAAGUGCAGAGGGAGAAAGAAAAAAUGAUGAGCCAAGUGGAGAGGGAGAAAGAGAGGUCGCGGAGAGAGCUGGAGGGCGAGCGAGAGAGAUUGAUGAGGGAGCUGCAGGAGGGAGAGAGGAGGGUGCGAGAGGCAGAGGAGGUGUUGAGGGAGGCAAGGAGGGAUGCUGAGACGGCGAAAGAACCAGCAGAGUUGGAGGAGGGGGAGAAGGAAGGGGGGAAUGAGGGGGAGGAGGAUGGGGAGAAGGAGCGGGAGGAGGAUGGGGAGAAGGAGCGGGAGGAGGAGGCUGUGGAGACGUCAGUUGGAGAGGUGGUGGAGGAAGGAGCGGCAGAUGUGGAGAGGUUGGCGGGGAGUGAGAAGGAAAGGGCAGGUGAGGAGGAGUGGAGGGGGAGGGAGGAGGAGUGGAGGGGCAGGGAGGAGGAGUGGAGGGGCAGGGAGGAGGAUUGGAGGGGGAGGACGGUGGAGUGGAUUGGGAGAAUCAAGGUGCUGGGCGCUCAAUGGAACAAGCUGGUGCAGCGGGAGAGGCGGGCGAGAGUGAAGGAGCAGAGGGCAAGGGAGGAGGAGAGGAAAGCAAGGGAGGAGGAGAGGAAGAUAAGGGAGGAGGAGAGGAGCCAAGGGAGUGUGAUCCGGAAGGAGCAAGUGAAGGAGCUUAGCUCACACAUUGCCAGCAUGAAAUCCGUCUGUGGAAGGUUCCAGAGUGCUUUGGAGGCCAAGGGUCGGGAGGUACAGGAGGUGAGGCGGCGGGUGGAGGGGGUGGUGCAGCAGGCGCAGCGGGAGAGGGCUGCACGGGACGCUGCUCUGAAGACGCUUAUAACGGGGAUGGAGAGGCGCGAUUUCACGGCAUGUGCGCCAUACGAGUCUGUGGAUGCCGCAGCAGCACAGGCCUUUUCCAGGCACGAGUCGCAGCUCGAUGCUUUGAUCCUCCGUGCUGCUCGCAUGGUGCAUGGCGUGUCAGCGGCGCAAGCCUCAAAAGCGCCCACAGCCAAUGCACCGCUGCCAGAAUCAUCACAGCAAGUAGCUGCAGUAGCAGUAGCAGCAGCAGCAGCGGCAGCAGCGGCAGCGGCAGCGGCAGCGACAGGGGUGGCACAAACAGCAGCGCCUAACCCUGGCCCAUCUGUCUCCUCCCCCCCGUUCUCUCCUCCAGCUUCCUCCCUCACUUCCUCCCUCUCCUCCUCCCUCUCCUCCUCCCUCUCUCACUCCCUCUCCGCCUGGUCCCUCGCCCACCCUCUCUCCGCCUCCGCCUCAUCCCUCUCCGCCUCCUCUCCGUCUCUAUACGUGGACCCGGGCUGUGCCAGUCAAGCAGCGUGCAGCGAGGCCAACACUGCAGGCAGCCAGGCAGGCGCAAGCAGGGGUUCAAAAGCAGCAGCAGAAGCAGCAGCAGAAUCAGGGGGGAAAGGAGCAGGCGGGGCAGGUGUGGCUGAGACGACGCCCCAAGCAGGCAGUGCCGGAAGCAGCCCACAAGAUAAGAGUCAGCGCGGCCAAGGCCAAGCCACUCAGACGAGUCGGACGAGUCAGACGAGUCUGGGCAAGCAAGGCAGUCCGAGCAAGCUGGCGGGGGGUGCGGCGAGCCCUGGAAGCAAGGGGGCUGUCGUUUUGCAUGACGCCAACCUCCCCUCCCUGUGUGACUUUUUUGCAGGAACCUCGGCGGGCCCACCGCUGCCGCUGUCGAUGGUGGCUGAUGGGGGGGUGGCGGUGAGACGGCAGCACAAGUGGGUGGUGGACGGCGCGUGGCUGGAGAUGACGCGAAAGGAGCAUGAGGGGAUGCGGCAGGCCAUGGCAGAGCAGCAGCACCAGCUGGCAGCACUGGAGCAGUUGCGAGCUGAGAAGGUCUGGAUGGAGGCUGCUUUGGCGCAGUUCAUUGAGCUCCAGCGGAAGUAAGAGACGGAGAACACAAGUCUUAUUUUCAAAAGUGAGCUGCUCUGGUCUGGAGCCCCCGACCAAGUGUUGAGUUCAGCCGACCCUCAAGUUCAAUCAGAUUUCUCCGCUUUUUUGUUAUCUAACACGGGCAAUUGCUUUCUUAUGCCCCUUUUUCGACCAUAUAUGCAUAUCAAUAGUCACGGGUGAGAAGCUUCAUUAAUCACAGCCCUUGUUUUACAUGAAUCUUCUCCUUUUCCAGCUAGUGCAGAAUAUAUGCAACUUUUAUCU